GAGCUUCCGUAGACGUGUCAUGAAGAAACAGUAGUGCCUUCUCUCAGCUUUGCACGAUCCUCAUGGUAAGUCGUUUUCUGAGUUAACUAUCUGUCAUUGAAAAUUACUUAACUCUAAAUUUGUUUACUUAUUGAACGGGUUACUAGAGCUGUAUUUUAACGAGGCUGAUGACUUGGUCCCUACACGUGUCGUUCAAAGAGCGUACAGUAACGUUACAUCAGCGAAGAUAACACAAGCUUAUAAGUGAAAUUAUCAUCGAAGUUUUCAGCUGUUGACAGUCGUGUCCCGUCAAACAACAUUGUUCUGUAGUACAUUAUUGUGAACACGGAGCCGGCUAUAUUGUAUUAUGUCAGCCAAACGUGCUCAUUUUCUUUGUGUCUGAUGAUUUAGCAGGUAAAAAGCAGAAACAACAAUGACGACUUCUACGGAGAGCCGAUCAAUCUUUGAUUUGUGCCUGAAUGAGGAGGCUCUGCUGGGACUGAGAGAGGUGGACCCCGUCCUUAAGCAGGUUUCAACCACACACCCACCUUUAGAUGGUAUGUCUGAAUCUCACCUUUUAGUUUUUGUCUGUUUCUGGAUAUUAUCAAAUUUCUGCCAUUUUUGAAACAGCUUUUUGUUACCUCCCACACAGAGUUGGAGGAUAAAUCUCAAGAGGAUGACAGAAAGAGGGAGUCCAGUCUGCUAAGAGAGGUGUCAGACAAGAUGAUCUGCUCAGCCUGCAGGUGUCCCUUUAAUAACCGUGAAGAACAGGUGACCACACAAGUCUGAAUGCUGCUUCAUUGAGCAAAUUAGAACAAAUACUUAAUAUACAUUAGACCAGGCAUGACUCACUUUCUCUUUUUUAAAUAUCAGACGGAACACUACAAGCUCGACUGGCAUCGCUUCAACCUGAGACUGAAAAUGUCAGGACUCCCACCGCUCACAGCUGAGGAGUUUGAGAAGAAAACUGGAGCAGGUGAGAAGGCCAGAGUCCAGAGGAGCAGCCCUGCAGUUUAAGUGUGUGAGAUAGUCAAUGGACUUUAUUUUGUUUCUUCACAGGGGACAUGUCAAGUAUCUCAGGCUCCGAGUCCGAUUCAGAAGAUGAGGAUUUCAGUAGUGAAGGUGGUGGAACAAACAGCAAUGUCGCCAGCACAGAUAACGAAAGCUCGACUGAGAGCAGUUUGAUAUCUGGCCGGCUCUGCAGCAAAGUGGUUUUCCAGAACUCACCAGGACAGUAUCUAUCAGUCUACCGCUGUAUUCUGCAGGGAAAGGUGAAGCUCACCAGAUAAAUAACAGAAUAAGGAUUGAUCCAACAGACCUUUGGGUCUCUUUUGUAAAUAAUAUUAACUUUUGUUCCUGCAAUAUUCCAGACCAGUGAUGAUCAAGAUGAAGUGUCCUUGCUGAAGGCUAUCAAUAAGAAGACUGUGUGGGUGAUUCUCAUGACGGGCGGAGGCCACUUUGCUGGUGCUGUUUUCCAAGGGUGUGAUCAGUAUUUGUUUGUUUGUUUUAAUUGUAAGAGUAUGUUUUGCUAACACCAGAUGUAAAAAGAGCAUCAGACUGCCUGUCAUUGCUUGCCUUGUUAAUUUGAAAGAACAGCCUAGGCAUUUGUCAAACUAAACCUUUACCUCACUUUUUUAUUUUUCAGAAAAGAAGUCCUUCAGCACAAAACUUUCCACCGAUACACUGUGCGAGCAAAGAGAGGCACUGCCCAAGGUCUUAGGGACUCUCAGAAUCGAAGUCACACCCCAAAGUCUGCAGGAGCUGCCCUGCGGCGUCACAAUGAGGCGGCACUUGUCAAGGCAAGAUGAAAGUUUGACAGCACUGUGAUAGUUUUUGGGACAUUGACAAUUUGAUGGUGCUUUUCCAAAAGAGAAAUCUGUUAGCAAGUCAGAAAACCAAGAAAAAUUUCUAAUUAAACUCAUAUUGUUUUCUGAGUGUUAAGUUAGGCUGAGUUAUCUGAUUCAUGUACAGGUGUCUGGAUUAUUAAUUUGGCCAGUUCUCUAGAGUUCUGUUUGGUUUUUCUAGUGUGUCUGAACCACAGGCUUACACGAUUAUUUAUAAAAUCUCGCAGGACAUUCAGGACCUUCUGGUUAGCUGGGAUGAAUACUUAAAGGAGGCCUCUGCUAUAUUUAUUCGAGCCCCAAGCUACAAUAAAACCAUCUUUUUCGGGGGGCGUGCAGCUCCACUGGAUAAGAGGGAUUCACGGGUCCGCACACUUCCUUUUGCCACACGCAGGGCGACCUUUCGAGAAGCACAGAGGGUACAUGACAUGCUUUCCACUGUCCGUAUUUAUGGUGAGUAAAAUUAUCACCUUUGAAUAAUGCCAUGUUAUCUGCUUACUGUUGCUCGGCCAAGGUAUAAUCAAUACUCUGCACAAUAUGUUGAUGCAGGGAAAGACACUGACAUGUCAGCUGUCCUCAGCCCAUCCAAGAAGGCCUGGAAGAAAAAAAACAACCCCCCUGCUGAAAUAAGUACCGAUCAAGAGACAGGUAGGUCAAGAGGUGAUCAUGUAGGAUGGGGCUUUGACUUGGUUCAAAGUAAAGUUUGAGGGUGAAAUGAUUUUCUGUAGGCACAACAUUUAGUCCUUGCUGUGACUUUUUUUAUUUAUCAGAAGAAAACCAUGAAAGCUCAGAUGAAGAAGGGGGUGGAGAGAUCCAGCUUGAGAUGGUGGAGGUGACUUUAGGAACUCUGGACCUUAGGGAGUCUGAAAUCUACCCUUCCAGACACAGGAGGAGAAGGAGGAAAAAGAAGGAGGACAGCAGAAUGCAAACAGAAGGUGAGUCUAGUCUGCAUUAUAGAAACUCAAGGCACCCCCCCUGAAUCUUAACUGAGGUUCUGCAAGUUUUAUGAAAUUUCACACCCAUGUGCUGCAGAAUCAGACAACAUGGAAGCAGACAAUGAAGAACAGGAGGUGCCAGAGGCCUCACCGGUAAGAGACGCUCCUCAAGAGACACAGUCAAAGAGCAAAAAGAGGAGGAAAGCACAAAGCAAAAAACAACAGGAAGGUGAGUAUGUUAAUCAUCAUUAUUGGUUACAUUACAUCUGUAAAAAAAUCUCAAAACCUACAACUUCUUCCAUCUAUUUAACAGUAUUAACAAUAGUAGGCCUUCUUUUUUCAUACAGGAGUUGUUGAGGAGGAGUCCUGGGUGUACGGUGUGACAGACACCAUGUUUACAGCCUGCAAGAUAGGGGAUGUGGACACUCUCUGCAGGCUUCUCAAACUACCUGGAGAAACAGGAGAGAGUCAGGGGCAAGAGCAGGCAAAGGCCACUGACCUGCCUGAUGACCCGAGCCCUUUAACACUUCUUAACAAGCCCGUUGACUCCUCAGGGUUCACUUUGCUGCAUGUUGCCUCAGCAGCUGCACAAAAGGCAGUAGUCAGACUACUGCUGGAUGCUGGAGCAGACCCAGCCUGCAGGUACCAAAAAAGUCAAGUGUAGAAAAAGAAAAUGUUGUUCUGUGUUUUGCAAAAUUGUGCUGAAUUUCCUGGAUCAUAAUCUAUCUGCUACAUGUCUUUAUAGGACCAAUAAAGGGCAGACCCCAUAUACUGUCGCCCCUGAUAAAGACACGAGGAACGUCUUUCGUAAAUACAUGGGUGAGAAUCCUGACAAGUAUGACUACACUAAGGCACAGGUAAGGUGACAAAGUCUGAAUUUAGAUGUUUGUUUUUUUUCUUCUAGUUAGAGCAAAGUACCUAACCUUUUUUAUGCUCAUCCAACCCAAGGUCCCGGGGCCACUAACAGCUGAGAUUGAAUCCAAACAGUCAGAAAAGAAAAAAGCCCACAAGGCUUUGAAGAAGCAGAGAGAGAAAGAACAGAAGGAAGAAAAGAGGAAACAAGAGCUGGAGGCAGAGGAGAAGAAGAAAUUUGCAUCUCUGAGUGAUCGUGAAAAGGUGAGUCAAUGUGUUUAAUCCCUGAUAUUAAUGCUAACUCUUUGACCAUCCUUUAAAUGUCACAGCUUUCUCUAUGAUUGCAGAGAGCUCUGGCAGCUGAGAGGAGGCUAGCAGAGCAAGUAGCUGCAAGUAGAGCCAGUAUCUCUAAUGUCAAGUAAGUUCUCCAUAUGCCAGCCUCUUACUUGAUACAUUCACAGUGUAAAUGUCAAUGUCUAAAUGGGACUGAAUUUCUGGGCUUUUGGGGGGGUUUGUCACCAGGAGAUGCUGGAUGUGUGGAGAGUCUCUGCUUGGGAAGAUUCCAUUUGAAUACCUGGAGUAUUCUUUCUGCACUCCACGCUGUGUGCAGACACAUCGAAAAGCUAACAACCUUCAAGGCAAGACAUGAAAAAAAUCAAAGCAAGAAGCAAGCUACCUCAUGAAGUCUGAAAUUUCAUAUCAAAUCUAAAAAUAAUGUGCAUACAUUUGAAAAUAAUUUUAUUGAGGCAGAGGGACAUAGACAACUGAAUUAACUGUCAAAAUCAUAAAACAUGUUUCAUUUAAUAACAGUAUGCAAUUUUGGAAGUAAAAAAUAAUAAUUAAAAACUGUAACAUUGUUUAAAAAUCA